AUUUCAUAGUUCAUAGUACACACACAAACACACUGAGAGAGAGAGAGAGAGAGAGAGGGAGAGAGAGGGAGAGAGAUGGCGAGGACACCAGGGCGAGACAAGAAUGGGAUGAAGAAGGGGACAUGGACUCCUGAGGAAGACGAGAAGCUGAGGGCUUAUGUGAGCCAGUAUGGCUCCUGGAAUUGGCGCAAAAUCCCCAAGUACGCAGGGUUAUCAAGAUGCGGAAAAAGUUGCAGACUCAGAUGGAUGAAUUACCUAAGGCCAGAUAUCAAGAGAGGGAGCUAUACCAAGGAAGAAGAAGACACCAUCGUUAGACUACAAGGAUUGCUCGGGAAUAAAUGGUCAGCUAUUGCAUCUCAAUUACCUGGAAGAACAGACAAUGAAGUCAAGAAUCACUGGCACACCAACUUGAAGAAGCGCUCGAGUCCACACGCAUCAUCGCCAUCAUCAACAUCUCCCCAAGAAGCAACCACCUCAGAAAAUCAUUCAUGUGCUCAUGAAGCUGGACCUAAGGAUACAUCCGAGAAGACUCCAAACAAUGUUCUUGACCAUCCUAUGAAUUGCCCUGUGACUCAUCCGAUCAUAGAAGGGUUUGCGUCCCUCCAUUUGUGCUCGAGCUCUAGUGAGACUUCAUUAUCCACGUGCGUCGAAGCUGUGGACUUCUCAAACACGGAGUUCGAAGCUUGUCGCGACACAUGUGUUGCGGAGUCUAGCGGGAGGUUCUGGACCGAACCAUUUAUCACCGACAACAAUAUCGGAUCCUGGCUUUUACAAGAUGAAUGGUUAUUUUCCCAUGAUUUUUUCUAUUAACUGAGAAAAUCUCGUAUGUUUAGAUUGAUCGGUCACAUAGGGUGCCUAUAAGGAACUGCUAAUCUGUUCUCUCUAGGAUUUGUUAGUUCUAUCGAUUCAGUAGCCUUUCUAUGAGGAGUAUAUGUAUAUAUUGGCUUGAAAAAUCAUCUAGAAAUGUGAAUUAUAACCAAUAUAUUCCGGUU